UAACGGUCUGCGCGUAGAGUGUAACGUACAAUUCAAGUCUUACAAAAGGCCAAAAUUUGUUAUGCAACAAAAGUCAUUGAGUUUGUUUGGCAAGGGUUUCCAAGCCAAGGAACAGACUGAUAUAAAAGCUCCAUGAAAAACUUUUUUUUAUAGCCUUUUUUUCCCUUCUUUUGUAUUUCGUACAUUUUUCUCGUUAAUCAACUUUUAACAUGGGCUCUAUCAAAGUUGGUGAAUAUCUGCUCAAGCGUAUCAAAGAGGUUGGCGUCGACACCGUUUUCGGCGUACCCGGUGAUUACAAUAUGCCUCUUUUGGAUAUGAUUGAAGACGAUGCUGAACUCACUUGGGGCAACAAUGCGAAUGAAUUGAAUGCCUCCUAUGCUGCUGAUGCGUAUGCUCGUUUAAGAGGCGCCAGCGCUCUCGUCACCACCUUUGGCGUGGGUGAGCUCUCUGCUGCUUGUGGACAUGCAGGUGCCUAUUCUGAAAUGCUUCCUUUGAUUCACAUUGUGGGUACUCCUAAUACAAAAUCUCAAGCAGAAGGCGCUAUUCUUCACCAUUCACUUGGUAACGGUAACUUUCAAGUUUUUGUUGAAAUGUUUGGCAAAAUCAGUGGCGCCUAUACCCACUUGACACGUGAGACUGCUGUUAAUGAAAUUGACCGAGUCAUUCAAGAAGCUUACCUCAAGAAACGUCCGGCUUACAUUGGUAUUCCUAUUGAUUUGAUUAACUACGACGUCAAUGUCAGCAGCAAGCCACUCCAACUUUCCGUUCCCAGAAAUCCUGCUAAAAUUCAAGAAGUAUGUCUUCAAGUAUGUCUAGAAGCCAUCAACAGAGCACGACAUCCUAUCAUCAUUGUCGAUGCUUGUAUUCAACGUCACGGCUUGCAAAAAGAAGCGGUUGCGUUUAUUCAACGCUCUGGUUUCCCUACUUACUGUGCUCCUAUGGGCAAAGGUGUUGUACCAGAAGAUCUGCCCAACUAUCGCGGUUGUUAUGCCGGUACGAUCACGCUUGAAGGCAUCACGAAGGAGAUUUUACAGACGGAUUUGAUCAUCGAACUCGGUUCCAUCAAGUCUGAUUUCAAUACGGGUGGUUUCACCUAUGGUUUGGAUCGUGGUAAAACCAUUUCACUUCACUCUUUCGCCACGAAUGUCUUUUAUGCUGACUACGAAAAAGUGAGCAUGGUCGAAUUCCUCCCCCUUCUCACCAACGCCCUUCCUGCCCAGCCUCGUCAAUUCGAUCUCGGUCCUCGUAUUCAUCCUGCACCUAUUGAAGAGGGUACAGAAAUUACACACAACUACUUUUGGAAUAAAAUUGUCGACUACAUUGACCCGAACAGCGUCAUUGUGGCUGAAACCGGUACAUCGGAAUUUGCUUCCUUCAACUUGAAGGCGCCUAAGGGGGCGUUCUUUAUUGCUCAGGUGCUUUGGGGUUCCAUUGGUUACUCUGUGGGUGCUGCGCUUGGUGCAGCAGCAGCAGACCGUAGUCGCCGUGUCUAUCUCUUCUGUGGUGAUGGUUCUUUCCAACUCACCUGUCAAGAAGUGUCUGUCAUGCUCCAUCACGGACUUACGCCUGUUAUCUUUAUCUUGAACAACGAUGGUUAUCUUAUUGAAAAGUUGAUCCACGGCCCUCAUCGUGCCUACAACAACUUCCAAAUGUGGAAGUACGCUCAAACACUUGACUAUAUGGGAGGUCACCUCGAACGUAAUUCACAAGACGUGGCUCAAUCCGAAGUCGGUGUUGAAGCCAAGGUCACCAACCGCGCUGAAUUAGAAAAGGCAAUGACUCGAGUACAGAAAGAAAGAAACAAGAUUCACUUCCUCGAAGUCGUGAUGCCUCGUUUUGAUGCCCCACGCGAACUCAUUCUUCAAGUCGAAACCUCUGAAAACCGUUAAACAUUAAAGAGAAACGGAUCAAAACAAUAAUAAUAAUUAAAAAAAUACUCCUAUCUUUCAUCCAUAAGAACACCCUGUUUAAUAUGUAAAUUAUUCAAUGAAUAAAAAGUAAAUAUCUAUAGUAUGAUCUUCGAUUCGGGCUUUUUUUUUAUGAUUGUUUGAUCUCUCCUGUCACAAAAAAGGUCAUUUUA